ACCGCCAAGCACUGUAGUUAUGCAUGGAAGUGUGGGAAAGAAAGCUGACUGUUUUCUCCACCACCGUGAACGUAAACUUUCUACUCAGCAUAAGCGUAAACUAUUGCUAUUUACACACGAGAGGGUAUUCUGUGUUCUUUAGCGAACACCCUUGUCCUUUGUGGGAGUCCCCGCCUUUAAACAUUGCUGUUGUCCCUGGAAACCCAAGAGUGGCGUUAGACAGACAACUUGUGGCAUUACUUAGAAGUUGUCACAGCUAUUAUAACCAGCACAGGAAAAGAGGUAGGGACAGGGCAAUUGUAUGCAUAUUUGCAAAUAUCAUUAACGUCAGACAACGUGUGGAUUCCCUCGGCUGGGAUAAGAGUCGGAAGGUCUGUGGGCGCGGGUUGUGACUCGGUACCAUGACCCAACAAGGAGCUGCGCUUCAGACAUACAACAACGAACUCGUCAAAUGCAUCGAAGAUCUGUGCUCAAAGCGGGACCAACUGAACAGGCAGAUCCAGCAAGAGGAGGAAGAGAAGGGGCGCCUGCAGCACGACAUCCGCGUUUUGACAGAGAAGCUCAGCCGUGUUAACGAGAGCCUGGCCCGCCGGCUGGCCGCCCGUGCAGACUUUGACCGCACAAUCGCCGAGACCGAGGCUGCCUACAUGAAGAUCCUGGAGAGCUCUCAGACUUUACUCAGUGUGCUGAAGCAGGAAGCUGGAAACCUCAGCAAAGUCACUGACCCCAGAGGAAGUAGCUAAGACUACCUACUUAACCAGACGCCACCUCAACCUCCACCUCCCUUUCAAA